ACAACUGCGGGGUCCGAUCCAGCCAAACUCGAGUGGGAACGGUCCAAAGGCAAAACAAAGCAAAUAAAACAUCCCCCAAAUGCCUCAAAAUGUGGCCUGUACGAUGUCCUGCCAAUGUGUUCCGACCCCUUGCACCAUCGCUCUCGGGUGGCUCUUUCCCUGCAGUGCCCCGGGUUCUUCCCUGGUGUACUCUGCUCUCUCCCUGGUGUGGCCCAGUUUGCCCUGACUCCUGCCUGGUGAUCCUGCUCCUCCCCUCUUGUCCCUUGGUCCUUCUUUGGGUCCCCUGCUCCUUCCUUGAUGUCUCCAAGCCCUCUCCUGGAUGGGAGGCCGAGGCCGAGUGUGCCGGGGUGCGGGGGGUGCCGAGACCGGCCUGUGCCAGCCGCUAUCGGCCUGUUUCCCCCUCUAAAAGUCUCCUUUCUGUCCCUGCUGUUUCUCUCCCCAGGUGGCUGCGAGUGGCCCGGGCCGACGACGUGAGGCGCGGGGCGGCGGUCAAUGUUAUUUGAGCGGGGGCCGCGGGCCUCAGCGAUCGCAGAGCAGAGGAUGCAGAAAGCCGCCUACUACGACAACGCGGGGCUCUUCGGGGGCUACACCUACAGCAAGGCCGACGCCUACCCCUACGGCGCGGCCCACCAGCCCUACGGCCAGGCCGGCCUGGACGGCGAGUACCCCGGCUCCGCCUGCUCCGUCCAGGGCUCGGCGCCCGGCCGAGCUCCGGCCCACAAGGGCAGCGAGCUGAGCGGGAGCUGCAUGCGGCCGGGCGGGGGCGGCCCCGGGGGCAGUCAGCCCCCGGGGAUCGGCGAGCAUCAGCCCCCGGCCUUGCCGCCCUCCUCCCCGCCCAACCCCCCUCCCAGUGUGCCCCCUCCGAAAAAAGCCAAGGGGGGGCCCAACUCCUCGGGCUCGGCCAGCGCCACCCUCAGCAAGCAGAUAUUUCCUUGGAUGAAGGAGUCCCGGCAGAACUCCAAGCAGAAAAGCACCUGCGCCCCCCCCCCCGCAGGAGAGAGCUGCGAGGACAAGAGCCCCCCCGGGCCGGCCUCCAAGAGGGUGCGAACAGCCUACACCAGCGCGCAGCUGGUGGAGCUGGAGAAGGAGUUUCACUUCAACCGCUACCUGUGCCGGCCGCGCCGCGUGGAGAUGGCCAACCUACUCAACCUGACCGAGCGGCAGAUCAAGAUCUGGUUCCAGAACCGCCGGAUGAAGUACAAAAAGGACCAAAAAGCCAAAGGCAUCAUGCACUCCCCCGUCGGACAGUCCCCGGACCGCAGCCCCCCUCUAAGCGGCCCAAACCACGUCGGCUACUCCAGCCAGCUCCCCGGCGUCAACAGCCUCAGCUACGACUCGCCCUCGCCCACCUCCUUCGCCAAGUCCCAGCAGAGCAUGUACGGGCUGGCCGCCUACACGGCGCCGCUGAGCAGCUGCCUGCCGCAGCAGAAGCGCUACGCGGGCGCGGAGUACGACCCCCAUCCCAUGCAGAGCGGCGGCGGCGGCGGCUUCGCCAACCCCAGUCUGCAGGGCAGCCCCGUCUACGUGGGGGGCAACUUCGUGGACUCCAUGCCGGCCUCGGGCCCCAUGUUCAACCUGGGGCACCUGCAGCACCCCUCCUCGGCCAGCGUGGACUACAGCUGCGCCGCCCAGAUCCCCGGCGGCCACCACCACGGACCUUGCGACCCCCACCCUACCUACACGGACCUUUCCUCUCACCACACCUCUCAGGGACGGAUGCAGGAGGCGCCCAAGCUCACGCAUCUGUAGCGGGGCGGCGGCCAGCGGGCCCCGCUCCCCUCUCCAU